GCGGAUCAUACUAAUAGUUAUUGUGGGUGGGCCUAACGAAGGAGCUCAUUAUGGCGACGCCCCCGAAACGGCGAGCCUUGGAUACUACAGGGGGAAAAGUGCUGCGGUAUGAGGCCUUUAUCAGUGACGUCCUGCAACGAGACUUGAAAAAGAUGCUGGACCAUCGAGACAAGGUAUAUGAGCAGCUAUCCAUAUACCUUCAACUGAGAAAUGUUACUGAGCGACUCCAGGAAACCAAUCACCCGGAAUUAUAUAUGCAGGUGGACUUGGGCUGUAACUUCUUCGUUGACACAGUGGUCCCAGAUACUUCACGCAUCUAUGUGGCCCUGGGAUAUGGUUUUUUCCUGGAGUUGACACUGGCUGAAGCUCUCAAGUUCAUUGACCGAAAGAGUUCUCUUCUCACAGAGCUCAGCAACAGCCUCACCAAGGACUCCGUGAAUAUCAAGGCCCAUAUCCAGAUGAUGCAAGAGGGACUUAGAGAACUACAAGGCCUGCAGAAUUUCCCAGAGCCAUCUUCCCAUUGAAUGCUUCUUCCCAUCCUCCAAUAUUAAAGAGCCUGAAUGCCUUGGAA